GUGUACUCAGGAGCAGGGUGUAUUAUAUCUCACAGUCAUUAGACUGAAUUAAUGAUACGGGAUGUAAUUCUUCUUCACUGGCUUGGGAGCAUCUGGGAUUUACAUAUUAUAAUUGGAUUCAUAUUUCUGAUGCGUAUUGUUGCUGUAUACUUCUUUUGCGUGUUCGAGCUGGCCUAGAUAUCCACUCGAGACAUCCUAAAUAAUGAUGAAGCAUUCACUCUCCUGCUGGCUUGCUCUCCUGUCAUUGUUGAGCUCACUGAGAUCAUCGACGGCCGUCAUCGGAGGCCUGAUCGACUUCGAGUACCAUGACUAUACAAGCCUAACCUUAGCGAUAAGAUCAUUGACGGUGGCAUACCCUGAUCUCACACAUCUAUAUACCAUAGGGCAAUCAGUCAAGGGUCGAGAAUUAUGGGUACUCGCCAUUGCUGGCAUGGACGCUACCAAACACGUAGUAGGGAGACCAGAAGCUAAGUAUGUGGGCAACAUGCAUGGAGAUGAGGUAAUUGGGCGAGAAAUGUUGAUACACUACGCUGACUGGAUGCUACUGAACUAUGGCCAGGACAUAGAAGUAACACAGUUCCUAGACUCAACCAGACUUCAUAUUCUAGUCUCUAUGAAUCCUGAUGGCUUUGAAGAAGCCAGAGUCAAUGAAAACUGCAGGAGUUUUACUGGAAGGACGAACGAUCUCGGCUUCGAUCUGAAUCGGAACUUUCCGGAUUACUUCGAGAAGAACAUAUACGUGACACAAGUGGAAACCCAGGCUAUCGUGGACUGGGUGGCAGAUAUUCAGUUUGUAUUGUCAGCUAACCUCCAUGGUGGUGCACUGGUUGCUAACUACCCCUUCGAUAACAUUGACCCAGAAAUCAAGAAAGACAACACAUCGAUAUACAGCCCCAGUCCUGAUGAUGAUAUUUACCGUUACCUAGCAACCGUAUAUUCGUAUAACCAUCGGAAGAUGCACAUACUCAAUGAAACUAAAUGUGAAGGGAAAUUUACAGGAUUCGAGGAUGGUAUAACCAAUGGCGCCGAAUGGUAUAUUGCAGUUGGUGGGAUGCAGGACUAUAACUACUUGUUUGCUGGAUGUAUGGAGAUCACCUUGGAGAUCAGUUGUUGCAAGUAUCCUCCUCCUGAGGAGCUACCAGAGUACUGGGAAGAUAACCGAGAUGCUCUCAUGGAAUACAUCAAACAGGUUCAUAGAGGUGUAAAAGGUAUCGUUCGUAAUGAGCAAGGUACGGCCCUAGAGGGCGCUGAAGUGAAGAUAGUUGGUCGUGAUAUAACCUUCCGCACCACAAAGGAGGGAGAGUAUUGGAAACUACUACUGCCUGGCUCCUACGAAUUACAGGUAAGCAUGGAGGGUUAUAUCACCUGGACGAGUACAGUUCAAAUCACCAACUACGUCUACAACGUGGAACAGGUAGAUGUCUACAUGGCAACAGUAGAUGACGGAUCAGGAACAGCCCCUCCCAAGACUCAGGUAUCCCUGGUUGUCAUAGUGAUGGCUUCGCUUCUUGGGUCGUUAUGGCAUCUCUGACGUCAUUAAGGAAUAAUCAUUGAGGUGAUAAUAUACGUCCUCGAGUGUUAACACGAAACAGUUAUACCAGCCGGACGCUGCAACUAUCACCUUAACAAUAAAAUAUGCAUGAUUAUAGAUCUUCAUGAUAUACACUGACGUUAUACCUCCACAAAGUGAUUAACAUUUGCAGUGAUUGAGUCGAUAGACAGGCCUUCAUGAAAUUCUGCCUUUCCGAUUUGACAAAAUUACCUCCGUAUAUCGCCUACCGUGAGAAACAUUUUGAUGCUGUGAAUUAUCGAAGAUUACUACCACGUAAUAAUGAGCUUUUAUUAUUCGUGAAGAAUGGGAUCUGAACGUUAAAAAUGGUUUGGGGCUAUUGAUGCAUUGGUAUGAACAUGUAUGAUCUUCACCAUUUUGAACGGUCAUGAUCGAGGCACCUGACAUACUAUUUUUGUUCAGAAGGAAAGUCCGAGCGGCAACCGAAAGGAUGGCGUCUAACAAUAGUAUUAGUGUACCCGAUUGCUUUAU